AUAGUACAGACUGCUCCUCCUGAGUGUCGGUGAUGGAUGGUGUCGAGCUGGACCCAUCCCGGCGAGUGGAUCAUUCUCCUGACUUGUGCCUUGUCGAUGGUGGAAAAGCUUUCAUGUGAACGGGGAGGCUCUGCCCGCACCAACCAUUCCUGGAAAAGGGAGUUGUUUUCGAUAGAAGUAAGUUUCCUCACAAUCAAAACAUCAGGAUUCUGACACAUUGGUGUGUUCAAAGACAAUGGCUACUGAAGAUAAAAAAUCUGAGUCAGAGUGCACAAAAACACAGUCAAUACCUUCUUCCUCCAAUCAAAACAAGCCUUCUGCAGUGAAACCGAAUUACACCUUGAAAUUCACCCUGGCUGGACACACAAAGGCUGUGUCAUCGGUGAAGUUCAGUCCAAAUGGAGAAUGGCUGGCAAGUUCCUCUGCUGACAAAUUGAUUAAAAUCUGGGGUGCUUACGAUGGCAAGUUUGAGAAGACCAUAUUAGGACACAAACUGGGAAUCUCGGAUGUUGCCUGGUCCACCGAUUCAAACCUGCUAGUGUCGGCUUCAGAUGAUAAAACCCUCAAAAUAUGGGACGUGAAUUCGGGCAAAUGUUUGAAGACGCUGAAAGGUCACAGCAACUAUGUUUUCUGUUGUAACUUCAACCCUCAAUCCAAUCUCAUUGUCUCUGGAUCGUUUGAUGAAAGUGUAAGGAUCUGGGAUGUGAAGACUGGGAAGUGCCUGAAGACGUUGCCAGCACAUUCUGACCCAGUGUCUGCUGUACAUUUUAACAGAGAUGGAUCUCUCAUUGUCUCCAGUAGCUACGAUGGGUUGUGCCGUAUUUGGGACACUGCAUCAGGCCAAUGCCUUAAAACCUUGAUUGAUGAUGAUAAUCCUCCUGUGUCCUUUGUGAAAUUCUCCCCAAAUGGGAAAUACAUUCUGGCAGCAACACUUGACAACACAUUGAAACUUUGGGACUACAGUAAAGGAAAGUGUUUAAAGACCUACACAGGACACAAGAAUGAGAAGUACUGCAUAUUCGCCAACUUCUCAGUUACUGGUGGCAAGUGGAUUGUCUCGGGAUCUGAGGACAACUUUGUGGACAUAUGGAACCUCCAGACGAAGGAGAUAGUGCAAAAACUACAGGGACACACAGAUGUUGUGAUCUCCACAGCCUGUCACCCAACAGAAAACAUCAUCGCGUCGGCAGCGCUGGAGAACGACAAGACAAUCAAACUUUGGAGGAGUGACUGUUAGAGAGCAACAGCACCUCCCCUUGGAAAAACACAACCUGUCCCAGCUUCUCUGACAUGGGGACAGGCUUCUCAUACUCCUGAUGUCUGAGACUCUGUAGAUUCUGUCUAAACCAGUGAUGAGGGAUUACAGACCUAGUGGGAGCAUUGGAACAAAUCCAAUUUUUACUGCAGAUUCAUAACACUUAGCAAAUUAUUGUACAUUUAAAAAAACACACAUGGUGCACACACAGCCCGUACCUACACUCGGAUGUGCACACGCUUGUGUAAGCACACACAACUAAAGGUCUUUUCUAGUGACCAAAUCACUUGUGGUUUUCCCCCACCUGGUUUCUUGUGAAAACUCAUUUUAUAAAAAGCAGGUCUAGUUGGUAGAAUGUUUUUGUAAACUUAAUAUUGACAGCUGCAAUGUUUAGACAGUUAACCACCUUGUCUUUUAAGUUCUUUUAUUUGUGCAACUGCUUGUCCCCUCACCCCUACCCUGUGCUUGUCAUGGUCCCAGGUAACUGACCAGCUACUGCCUGGUCCUUGACUCCGGUGACCUUUCAUAAUUUGCCACAGGUUCUGGUUUGCCACCCUGCUCAGCCUCAGGUCGUGCGUGUGAUGUAGCAACAUUUGAGCUUGGUAGACAUGUCCUCAGUGCUGUUGUGCCCAGAUCUCUCCCAGCAAAAUUUAGCUCCUGUAGCAUCGGUAACAGAACUCAUGGCUGUGGCCUCCACGGGAGCAGUUUCAGGAGUCAGUGCUAUUGUUGAAGCUCCGGACUUGAUCCAUCAGUUGCUUCUAAAUGAAACUGAGCUUCUGUGCUGAAGGCAUGUGGGAUAAAUGAUCACCCACAUUGGAUCAUAUUUGUAGACAGUUAGCUGCCUGUGGGUAAUGCCGUUCUUAAAGUGCAUCAAAUCCACCAAAGGUGAUACUUCUGAUUGUCCCAGCUCUGUCACUUGAUUAUUAAUCCUUAUAAUAUCAGACUCUGGUCACUGUGAUUGGUGUCCUUCGAGUUUGCACUGUCACCAAGAGUCAUACCCAUGAUGUGGGCAUUCUAUUCCGCUCCCCAUUUUCAAGUUAUGAGAAUAACUGCAAUAUGAUCUCCAUAGCAACCUCAAACCUGUGCAUUCACCCUCUUGUUAGUGCAUUGCAAGGGCAUGUUGUUCACCUUUUAAACUCACUUCAGGACAUUUCAAUCCAUGCCCACGCCUGGUUCAGGGUCAGAGCAGUUCUUAGUACUGGGUGGACUGGAGAACAUAGCAGCACCUAAUCCACUCCUUGCUGUGUGGGCAAGUGCAGGGAAGAUGCGUCUACAAUGAGCGUGGGAAAAGCCGAGCUGACUGAGGCACCUGGCAAUGCGUUUAUUUCAUGGAAAGGUCCGUUUGACAUGAGCUGAAGUCACCGAGCACCAGUGCGAUGAGGGAUUUCCUGUUUAAACUAGCUGAGCGACUGGGGCAGGUUCAUUGCAGCUUCUGAAAUCGGAGUUCGUGUACAGGAAGACGUGGGGAGACUGAAGGAAAUGGGUGCUGAAAUGUUUUUGCCCAAAUGUUUCCCAGUGAUCUCCAGUGCUGACCGCUUUUCCUGGACAUGCUUUGAACAGGGCCUUGUGACUGUGUGAAGCCAAUAUCUUUUAAAAGGUCAGUGUGUUUGCUGCCAGUCUUGUGUAAUCUACAGACACAGGAAAUCACUUCUUCCAUUAUCUGUGAAUAGUCCAGUAAUUGUAAUGAUCUCUCGUGGGUGUUGAGACUCUCAGCCUGUAUGAGGUUUGGAUGUAAUUUUACCCUCUAUUCCCUAAUACAAGAGGUUUGAUCAUAAGAAAA